AUGACUCGGGGUAAUCAGCGCGAUACCGAUCGGGCCAAGGCCCAGAAAAAGGCCGCUGGUUCGAAGAAUAAGAACACAAUGUCGGGUACGCAGUACCAGAAGUCCAAGGAGGAUGCAGCGGCCAUUAUGCGCGAGAAGCAGAAGAAGGCCGACGAGAAAAGGCAAGCCGAAGCAGCCGGGAAAAAGAAAUAACCCCGAUGCGCCCAUCCCGAUAUAUCUCGCCCUCUCUUCCUCCGAGUUCAAUGGUCU